AAUGCAGAGCGGACAUGAAGUGGAUAGGUGAAUAAGGAGUAUUUAUUUUAACAUAUUUUCAAUGUCUCUUAUCCUCUUCUUCUAACACUGCCAAAAGAUUCCUUCCUUUUCCUUUCCAGAAGUCCCACACUGCAUGAACCCAAAGAUCUUUCCUCAUACUCGUUUUCUGUCUCUGCCUUUUUUACCCCAUCAUUCUCUCCCUUCAUGGCCGCAGCAGAAUCCAAUUCAAACCUCAGAAUCAUCAUUGAGAGAAACCCUCCAGAGUCUCGCCUGGCUGAGCUGAACAUCAACUGCUGGCCCAAAUGGGGUUGCUCUCCAGGAAAGUACCAGUUGAAGUUUGAUGCAGAGGAGACAUGUUAUCUGUUGAAAGGGAAGGUGAAAGCAUACCCGAAAGGGUCGUCGGACUUUGUGGAGUUUGGUGCCGGCGAUCUUGUUAUCAUCCCUAAAGGUCUCAGUUGCACUUGGGAUGUCUCUCUAGCCGUCGAUAAAUACUAUAAAUUUGAGUCACCUUCUUCUUCUUCUUAGCGGACUGUAUCAAUUUCUCAGUUGUAGAUUUUCAUUCAUCAAUCUAUUCUUUUUCAUAUUCGUUCGUUCACAAUUUUGGUAA